UGUUCAAAAUUGUCUCCAGAUUUGAUAGAUAAACUAAUAGCAAUAUAAAAUAAUUAAGCAGCCAGCCACUGGACUUCUAAUAGUGCGCCUAGAGUCUACUAUUUCAAAACAAUUAAUACAUGUGCUUGAGACUGCAACUGCAGAGCCAGCAACCAUGGCUUCCGCUCAUUUCCUCUGUAACAACCAUGCUGUCCACCCUUCCUCCAAUUCCUUCGCCAAAAGCAAUCUACCGUCGUUGAGGCCAAGUGGGUCUGUCUCCUUUUAUCAAAGGCAAAGGACCCCUUUUCUCAAAGCCUCCAAGAAGCAGCUGGAGAUAGUUUACGAUCCUGAUGAAAGGUUGAACAAGUGGGCAGAUGAAGUAGACAAGAUUGCUCCUCUUUCAAGGCUCACUUUGUUCUCGCCUUGCAAGAUUAAUAUUUUUCUUAGAAUAACCGAUAAGAGAGAAGAUGGAUAUCAUGAUUUGGCAUCUCUCUUUCAUGUAAUUAGUCUAGGAGAUACAAUCAAGUUCUCUUUAUCUCCUUCAAAAUCGAACGACCGUUUAUCAACCAAUGUGUCUGGUGUACCCCUUGAUGAAAGGAAUUUGAUUAUUAAGGCCCUUAAUCUUUACAGGAAAAAAACUGGCACUGAUAACUUUUUUUGGAUUCAUCUAGAUAAAAAGGUACCUACUGGAGCAGGGCUUGGAGGUGGAAGCAGUAAUGCUGCAACUGCUCUAUGGGCAGCAAAUCAGUUCAGUGGUGGUCUUGCCACUGAGAAAGAACUGUUAGAAUGGUCAAGUGAGAUUGGUUCAGAUAUCUCUUUCUUUUUUUCUCAUGGAGCAGCCUAUUGUACGGGUCGGGGUGAAAUUGUUCAAGAUAUUCCUUCGCCAGUUCCUCUAGACCUUCCAAUGGUUCUCAUAAAGCCCCAGGAGGCUUGUUCAACUGCCGAAGUUUACAAGCGCUUUCAAUUGGAUAAAACCAGUCAGGUUGAUCCUUUAACAUUACUGGAGAAGAUCUCAAGAAAUGGCAUAUCUCAAGAUGUUUGUAUCAAUGAUUUGGAACUUCCUGCAUUUGAAGUUCUCCCAUCUCUUAAAAGAUUAAAGCAACGUAUAAUUGCAGCAAGCCGUGGACAAUAUGAUGCAGUUUUUAUGUCUGGGAGUGGAAGUACCAUUGUCGGGAUUGGUUCGCCAGACCCUCCACAAUUUAUUUAUGAUGAUGAUGACUACAAGGACGUUUUCAUUUCAGAGGCUAAGUUCUUGACUCGUGAAGCAAAUCAGUGGUACAAAGAACCUACUUCAACCGCUACUUGUAGCACGCCACCUGAUUUCUCGGAGUCUAUUGAGUGACUUACAUAUAUUUUGUGAGAAAAAUGAUGCAGCGUUUUUAUAUAUCUAAUCUCCCACGAACGAUACGUUAUGGGAAUGUUGAUUUUUCCAUCUUAAGAAUAGUUUUUAAAGUUUGUUGUCAUGAACAAAUAAGAGCAAAAACUCAUCUCAAAUCUUGCAUUCGUUGUAGUGUCACAGGCAAAAUAGUUCUGACUAAUUUUUCACUUGGCAAGGUUAUGACU